GAUGACACUGGUGCUGCCCAUGCAGCGGCUCGGCCGCCCCAUCGCCGCCGAGGGAGCCGCCGACCUCGCCGCCUACCGCGCCCUCUGGGAGCCGCCCUGCUGCGGCCGCCCCGGCCCCGCCGCCCCUCCGACCCCGGCCCCGGCAGCCCCCGGGCCCCCCGCCACAGGAUCGCAUUACAGGGGAAUUUCAAAUCCUGUAACAACAUCCAAGAUCACAUACUUUAAAAGGAAAUAUGUGGAAGAAGAGGAUUUUCAUCCACCGCUCGGCAGCUGUACACAUAAAACAAUCUCUGUGUUCGAGGAGCGGGCCCAUAUUCUUUACAUGUCUUUGGAAAAGCUGAAGUUCAUCGAUGAUCCUGAAGUCUACCUGCGGAGAUCUGUCCUCAUCAACAAUCUAAUGAAGAGAAUCCAUGGAGAAAUCAUCAUGCAGAACAACUGGUGCUUCUCCGCCUGCUCCUUCAGCGGCACUCCGCCACAAGAGUGGUUUGUGCCUCAGGACUGCCCGUACAGAAAACGCCUUCGGAUGGCAAAGGAGGAGUACGAGAAGCUCCACACGUGCUGCUUCUAUCAGGAGUGUGGCAGUCACUAUUUGAAUCUACCCUACUCUGUUAAUGCUAGUACAGAAAGUACUUCCUCUUCCUCCUCCUCAUCCUCCCCCCCAAUUUCUUUGCCAAGCUGUUCACAGCAGGUGGAUUAUGACAUUGGCAGCGCCCCUUCUUACAGGAGCGAUGACCAGAUACCCGCUAAUGAAAUAUUCAUCACUAAUGCCAGGUCUCACAGUAAUCAGGAAAAGGCAAAAUUUAAUGACGAGAAAGGAGGUAAUGAACCUGAGCGAGAGAGCGUCCCCCUAAACUGUGAACCUGUAAGAGGCACCCAUGCUCUCGAAUGUAAAGGCAAAUUUUAUGACUAUUUUGAGACUGGAUGUAAUGACAAGAGCAACAUAAGUGAAUCUUGGAAAAAAUCCUUAAGGAAAAAGGAAUCUUUAGCAAGUAAUAAAAUGUGCUGCAGCAAAGGAAGUAAAAUAUGAGGCAUCUUUCUUGCUCUGUUGAAGCAUGCGCAGCGUUUGUUUGUCUACCAGAUUUUUAUUUUGAAUGGAUUUCUUUUAUAGUUUUCUACAAAUGAUACGAUCACGCCACAGACGUUAACAUGUAGUUUCAAAUGACUGGAGAGCAGAUUGUGUAAAGCAUCUCCACGAUCUGCAUCAGCGGGCUAUUUAUAAAUAUGGAGACUUCAUAAAGAGCGCAGUUGCGUUACUGCUGGGCACUGUAGUCUGUACAGCUAUGGUGUAGCUUUCGCUACUGAAAAUGCCAAUCAGCCAGAUGGGGAAAACAUAUCGUUUUAUAUAUCCCCGCCCCCAAGAAGUCUGCCAUUAAUUAAGAAGAACCUCCAUUGUGUUUACCAAGGAAUUAGGAGUCUGGUAAACAAAUUGAAGCUACCAAGAAGGGUGAUGUGCUCCUUGUAACUCAGUAUUUGUUCCGACGAAGGACUGUCUAUACGGACUGGGAAUAAACCAUCCUUAUGUUUUGUACUGAUACUCUCAAAUUCCUGGAUUCAUCGUCUUCAUCAACUGACAAAAUGGGACAUAGCAUAAAGAAAUAACCUGUUUAUGGGGUCUUAAUCAGAAACACAACAGGCAGCUCAAGUACUCGCAUGUUUUCACCUCGGCUGUGACAACUAAUGAGGCUUGUUGUUACACAGGGCAGGUUUUUUUUUGGUGCCUUACUUUUUGUCUUAAUUUUUGCCAGCGUGAAAAUUAAGUAUAAACCAGUGAUACAGCAGGGAUUUAACCUAAACAGAAAAAAAACCCAACCAACCAACCCACAGGGUGGAUCAA